AUGGCAGCAGUGUCGCUGCAGGGCACUGAGAACGCAUUUGGCAGCCUGAACAACAGCAUGACUCGCCGCCUGUCGCCCACGUGUAGCCACGCGUUGGCGUCGCCGUUGCGUCAGCGCCAUUCCGACCUCAAGAAGCUGCGCGAACUCGCACUCAGCGACGAGUUCUCCGACAGCGAGAGCGACGGUGUGGACACUGACGAGAAGGAGAACAUCGACGACGAUGCCGUGAACGACGUGGCCAGCACGGAGUUUGUGCCCUUUCGCUGCCCUUUGCCCUCGCGUGGGGUCGUCGUAGCGCGGCGUCGAAAACAACAGCAGAAGAGCGACGACAAGGCCGGCAGCAGCGCCAAAGGCGACGAGUGGGAGGUGAUUGACAAGUCACCAACCUUCGAGAGCAUUGCAAAAGGCACGGCGGACUUGGGCGGAGAGAGCUGGUUCGUGCAUGAAAAAGAGCAAUAA